AUGUCGCAGUACAUGCCAUACGGUGGGUUCAACUGGGUUGAGCCCACUUUGAACGGAUUAGAUGAUUUAGAAGAUACAUCAGCCAUAGGACGUGUAUAUGAGGUGGAUGUGUCAUACCCACGACAUUUGCAUGAUAACCACAAUGACCUCCCCUUCCUACCGCAAAACAGUGUGCCACGUGGAUCGAAGGUACGGAAGUUGAUGGGAACGUUCGAGGAGAAAAAAAAUUAUAUUAUACAUUAUAGGAACCUGCAGCAAGCGAUUAAAAAUGGAUUAAUAGUUGAAAAAGUACAUAGAGUGAUACAAUUUAACCAGUCUGACUGGCUGGCUAAAUAUAUUAAGUUGAACACCGAGAUGAGGAAGAAGGCGAGGAAUGAUUUUGAAAAGGACUUUUUUAAAUUGAUGAAUAACGCUGUAUUUGGAAAAAUUAUGCAAUCAAAGAGGAAGGAGAUGAAGAUGGAGUUGGUGUUUUGCGAGAGGAGGUUACAGAAACUAAUAAACAAAUGUACAUUCAAGCACUGUACAAAGUACAGUGAGAACCUAAAUGCUAUUGCUUUGGAGAAUAAAAUUAUAAGAUUUGACAAACCUAUUUAUAUUGGAUUUACAGUACUAGAUAUAAGUAAGACACUGAUGUACGACUACCAUUAUAAUGUAAUGCAGAGACAUUAUGGAGACAAAAUUAAAUUAAUGUACACUGACACAGAUUCACUAGUAUAUCACAUUCAGACGGAUGAUUUUUAUGUGGACUUGGUGGCUAACCCUAGUUUGUUGGACAGGAUGGACACCGCCAACCUGCCCAGUGACCAUCCUUGUUAUAUAGCUGAGAGAAAGAAGGAGCCGGGGCUGUUUUCUGAUGAGGUGGAUGAGAAUAUAAUCACCGAGUUUUGUGCAUUGAGGGUAAAGUCCUACGCUUUCAACAUACAUGCUGGAGCGGAGGACAGAGUUGGUGGUGAAAAGAUCAAGACGAAGGGAAUCAGAGCUCAUGUGGUUAAGAAUCACAUGACUCUUGAGGACCAUAGAAAGUGUUUGUUUGAUGAAGCUGGAGUGGAAUUAUACAAGGAGAAUGUAUCGAUACGAUCAUUUAAUCACCAACUCAAAACAAUAAAAACUAAAAAGUUGACAUACAACAGCUAUGACGAUAAGAGGGCGGUGUUAGAAGAUAAAAUAAAUACACUGGCCCAUGAACAUUAUAGUUUAGAGGAAGAUGACAUAUGGUCAGAACUUGAGGAAGAUGGAUGGAACUGGAACGAGGAAGAGAAAGAUUUGAUGAGGCUGCUACUGCAAUGA